UAUAAGGUUUGUUCAGCAGAGUGAGAGGGUAAGUGACACCAAACUGGGAAUGUCGCAGCGCCGUCGUCGCCAUGACGACGAGGAGAACGAGUCCUGAUCUCGCCGGCCACCGCAAGCAGCACGAUGGCCGGAGCUGCCACCGCAAGCAAGUCGAAGGCGGGUAGCCGCCUAUCUUAAUCUUUUACUUUUCCUAGUCACUUUGAUUCCUUUGUUUGCGAAUUAAUUACGAGAGAAAUUCAAUGGAGGAGCUGCUUCCGGAGACGGCGUCGCCGGAGGGGAAACGUCCCCUUCACGGCCGCUACGAGCUCGGGCCCGUGCUGGGCUACGGCACCUUCGCCAAGGUCUAUCUGGCGCGGGACGUGCGCAGCGGUAAGGGGGUGGCUGUGAAGGUGGUGGCCAAGGACAAGGUGCUCCGCGCCGGCAUGGAAGAGCAACUGAAGCGCGAGAUCGCCGUCAUGCGGGCGGUCCGGCACCCGAACAUCGUCGAGCUCCACGAGGUGAUGGCCACCCGCUCCCGCAUCUUCUUCGCCAUGGAGCUCGUCCGCGGCGGCGAGCUCUUCGCGCGCAUCGCCAGCCACGGACGCCUCCAUGACGACGCUGCGCGCCGCUACUUCGGGCAACUCAUCUCGGCCGUCGACUUUUGCCACAGCCGUGGCGUCUACCACCGCGACCUCAAGCUGGAGAACCUCCUCCUGGACGAGGCCGGCGACCUUAAAGUUGCCGACUUCGGGCUCAGCGCCUUUGCCAGCGCUGACGACGGGCUCCUCCACACCGCGUGCGGCACGCCGGCGUACGUGGCGCCGGAGGUCCUCAGGAAAAAGGGAUACGACGGUGCGAAGGCCGACCUCUGGUCUUGCGGCAUUAUCCUGUUCGUGAUGCUCGCGGGGUAUCUCCCCUUCCAGGACGACAACCUCAUCACCAUGUACCAAAAGAUCCACCGCGCCGACUUCAGGUGCCCGCCGUGGUUCUCUGCCGAGACGCGACGCGUGGUCACCAAGCUGCUCGACCCCAACCCCGCCACGCGGCUCACGGUGGCGAGGCUGGCGGAGAUGCCCUGGUUCAAGAAGACCCGUAUCCUCCGUACUCCGGUGGUGGGGUCGUCGUCGAAGGGGGAAAAUAAGCAUGACGAGCCGGUGGCGGCGGAGGAGGAAGCGAAAACGCUCAACGCGUUCCACCUCAUCUCGCUGUCAGAGGGGUUCGACCUGUCGCCCCUGUUCGAGCAGGGCCGAGGGCGGAGAAGCGAGGGAAUGCGAUUCGCGACGCGGGAGACCGCCGAGGGGGUGGUGGCGAAGCUGGAGGAUGUGACGGGAGGGAGGUUCCUGGUGACGCGGAGCGGCGCGGCAGGAGUGCGGAUGGAGAAGAAAGAGAUCGGGCGGAAGGGGAAGCUGGCAGUGGCCGCCGAGAUCCUCACGGUGGCACCAUCGGUGCGGCUGGUAGAGGUGACGAAGGCCGGCGGCGACACACUCGAGUACCUCAACUUCUGCUGCGACCUGCUUCGGCCAGCGCUCAAGGACAUCGAGUGGUCUGACGGAUCUGAAAACGCCGCCGCUUGAUCGAUCGGCGAUCCACCAAAUCAAAUCUUGGCGACCGAAUUCAAAAUUAUCUUUAGAUUUUGCAAUUACCAAAUCGGAACAGAUAUGUACAGCAACCAUAUUACCAGCUCUCUGCCUCUCUCAGUCUCUCUCUCUCUCUCGUGUACUUUACUUGAUUUAAUCACGCAGUCUCUUAAUUUUCAGGGGAAAAAACUUUAA